GCUGAGAGCGGGUCCCGGUCAGGCAGCACCGGAGCGUCUCCUCUCCAGCCAGGUUGCGAGAGCCGCGCGCCAGAACAGCCAGGUUGGGAGCCAGGAAUCUCUCCAGCCCACCAGGACUGAAUCCGGUAGCGAGAAAGCGAGGAGUCCGGCGUGUGCCCACAUGUCCCGUCGAGACGGGAGAAAGGAAUGGAUCCCGCUGGGUCUGUGGCUUCUCCUGAUAUCCCUGGAAACCCCGAGAGCAGAGCGGAGCCAGGGAAUGUCUCUAGCUGCAAGCUCAGGAAACAUGCUGCAUGUACAGUCGCAGUGAGCGUUGUACUUGUCAUUCUGAUUGUUGCUGUUGUUGUUCUGGCAGUGCUGGUACUUAAAGCACAGCCCCAAUUCAUGGCCUGGUGCCCGGACAGCUGGAUCGGAUACCGAGGGAAAUGCUACUAUUUCUCUGAGGCUGAAGAGAACUGGAACAACAGCCGGAGCAACUGCUCUGUACUUGGCGCUUCCCUGGCUGUGAUUGACAGCGAGCAGGACCUGGUUUUCAUGAUGCGAUACAAAGGCGCCUCCGAGCACUGGAUCGGCCUCAGGAGAGAGCAGGAGGAACAGCCCUGGAAAUGGGUGAAUGGCUCUGAUUUCAACAGCUUGUUCCCGAUAAGAGGAGGAGGUAACUGCGCGUACCUGAAUGACCACGGCGUCAGCGCUUCAAGGUGCAUCACCGAGAGACACUGGGUCUGCAACAAACCUGAUGCGUAUACAAGCCAGAAAAACGCGACGCAGAGGAUAAGGAGCUGACAAAGGCUCACAACGGGCUACUAGAGAAACUGCCUCUUGCACAACUCAUCUACAGCCAAGUUUAUAAACAAGGGCUGAGGAAUAAAAUAGCAAAAUUUGCACUGGACGCUGGAUUAUUAGGUUAAUUAAACUGAAAAACAACAGGAGGAACUUCAGCAGGAUCUGGCCACGUGAGAAGAACGGGCCACCCACCGGCAAAUGAAACAGUGUGACAAAUACACAGAGGGUCCAGUGGAGGAACAACUGAGGGUUGCUCAGCCAUCUUCCUAGCUACUAACAUCACCACAACAGCUCAGGAGAAGGAGCCAGGGUGACGUGCUGACCCCAUUAAAAUCUAUGCACAUUUUCCCAUUCAAUUCAGUGAGGCCAGCAUCUCACCCAGGGGUGUCAUCAUAGAUCACCCAGCGCUGACCUCGGCUGAGUGUGCAGCAGCUGAUGACAAAGCAAACGAGAUGUUGGGGUAUAUAAGGAACGCACGAGGUGACAAUACAGAAAAUGCUCGGAUGUCAUUAUAUGAAUCAAAGGGACACCCUGAUGGGGAACACUGUGUGCAGUACGGGUCACCCAUCUCCAAAAGGACACUGCAGAACUAGAGGAGGUUCAGACACCGGUAAGAAGAAUGAUGGGAGACCAGGUGGGACUUUCGUCAGAGAAUAAGGGGACGUGAACAAGGGAGAUUAGGGUGCUGCUAUUCAAUCCAUCUCUUGCUACAAGACCAAUGGGGCCGCAUAACAGAAUUGAAAAAUCAACAAAUUUGAAACUGAUCGAAGGACCAUGUUUUCCCACAACGCACAGUUAGCCUGCGGAACUCACUGCUACAGGGUGUGAUUGAAGCCAAGAGCUUGGCAGGAUUUAUUUUUAAAAGGACUGGGACAUUGGAUACUGUUGUUCACACAAGAGAGGAAAUGGACAGGAGUUUGGGAAGGGAUCCAAACCUUCCUUCUUCAGGGCAUGAACCACCAUCUAAGUAGUGAAGAUCAGGAGGAACCUUCUUCUGAAGCUGCUGGGGCGGGCCCCAAACGCACUACAGCUCUGAAUUAGUCUGGCAGUUACUAUGUAAAUUGCCUCUACCCAGUGACCUCAUCCUUUGAUAACCGAUGGCACUUCCUGAGCCAAAGACGAGUCCUGCUGCUUUUAGAAAUGAAUUGAGCCUUAGUUUUGCUUCCUGGGGCAGGACCCGGCUGGGCCGUGUGGAUUUUUGUCGAGCAGUGCGGCUGGAUAGCAGCAGAUCUCCAAGAUGUCCUGAACCGACCUUCCAGCCCUGGGGCUCCUUUUCAGUGGAGCAAUUUCCCAGCUGGAGCUGCCCAGUGCUUGGGAAGGAGCAUUUAAGAGCGUGCUCCUAGGCUGUAUGGAAUUGUAUCCACAUGGAAUUGCUUCGUUUGAUCUCAUUUAUCUUAUUUAUUAUUAGGAUGACAGUUCUCAAUAGCUGAUAAGUCGGCUGCUAGCUGCUAUUAAAACAACCUGCUCUCCUUCUCCAAAAGGGGGUGCGGACAGGGGGCUCUGACACUAUUAAUACAGCCCAAAGAAGUGGGAAACCGGCUUGACUGAACUCGGCCAGUUCUCUCCUGAUCAGAGCUUAAAUCCCUUGGACAAAUGACCCAACCAUGAAAACGCCAUAGGUCGCAGUGUCAGGAAUGUCUCCCAGCUGCGAUGCUACUUUUACACCCGUCCUGACUGGGCCAGUUUGAAACUGAUGUGAGGAGGAUUAGACAAAGCAGAGCAGCUAAAGGACUAAGGGAACGAUCUUGAUUUAAAAAUCCAUUUAAACCCAGGCUCGGUAAUUAAAAACAUAACACGAAUGCAGUCACAAAACCAAAACAGCCCCACACUCCACAUCCAGCAACUUGUCAGGAAAUCUUGUCACAGAUUGAAUCAGUCCCCGCCAGGGCCGCCCAGGGUGGGGGCAAGUGGGGCAAUUUGCCCUGGGCCCCGUGAGCAUCUCUUUCCUGGCUAGAGGCGCCUCACCCGGCGGCAGUCCAGGACUUCGGUGGCGGGGGGGGCCCUUCAAUUGCUCCGGGUCUGCAGCAGCAUUUUGGCUGCGGGGGGCCCUUCAGUGCUGCCGCAGACGCGGAGCGCCGCCCGGUGAGUACAAGCGCCGCAGUGGGUGGUGCCUUUUUUUAGGUCCGCUCCCCCGCUUUGCCCCAGGCCCCUGAAUCCUCGGGGUGGCUCUGGUCCCCGCCACUCCUCACCUCCCUUAAAGCAGCUGUUCCCCUCCACCCCCAAUGCCAGCUCACACCGAUGGGGCUUUGCAGCAUAGCCCAGUUUGAUUCAGCCUAUUUCACAGCUUGGGGGCGUGAAGGAGCGAAUUCCAGACACAAAGGAUGGAGGAAUAGCUGGACUUGAAGCAGCCCUGACUGAGGCAGAAGUAGAUGAGUGAUCCUAAGAGCAAUGGGGCUUAGGGGUUUUCCAUGUACUGCUGUCGGCACUGGAGUAGGAAACUCCCCAAAGGCCUGUAUGAAACUGCCACCCCCAAAUUCUCCAAGUCCCCAGAAGGCACAUGGUUUGGUAGCCUCCAAAAUUCCCGCACUAGCACCACAUCGACUAGUCUGGUGCGAAUCCCAUGGGCAAGAACCUGUUCCUUUUAAGACAGUUGAGUUACCAGAAGCCCAGUUCAGUCUCUGUUCUCAUCUGGCCCUGAUGCUUUAGUAGCUGAACGCCGCCCAGUCAUUAAGGGAUCUUCUCAUCAGAGCAGGUGGGGAGUCAGGGGCUGGGACUAGAUGACCUUUUGAGGUCCCUUCCAGGCCCACAAUUCUAUGACAUGUUAAUCUCAGUAACAAAGCACAAGGUGAAUUAAUUGACUUGCCUAAGAUCACAGAGGAAAUCUAAAACUGCGAAUUGCAUCCAAGUCUUCCUACUCCCCGUCUAAUGCCCGUUCCACUAGACCAUUCAGAAUGAAGCAGUGACUGUGCCUUGCUAAGGGUCACAAGAGACCCCUACAUUUUAAGAUGCCCCAUGACAAUUGACAAGGCAGCGGGGAAUCCUCAGACUGGCCCAGGGAACGACUUGUUACUCAUGACCUAGAAGAGAACAUAAACCAGCCACACAACAGUUUGCACAUGGAGCAAUGUACCAAGGCUCGUGGUGGAUUCUCCAUCACUGACAAUUUUUAAAUCAAGAUUGGAUGUUUUUUGAAAAGAUUUGCUCUAGGGCUUGUGAUGGGGGACGUUCUCUGGCCUAUGUUAUCCAGGAGGUCAGACAAGCUGAUCACAAUUGUCCCUUCUGGCCUUGCAAUCUAUGAACCUUAGUCCUGACUUAAAAUCUGAACUCCAGAGAACCUGGCUGUCUAGAGCCACACAACACAACUGCAUUAAACGUCUUAACGGUGGAAUUUUUAAAAGCACCACAGUUACUUGAGUUGUGCUGGAAAAUAGAGGUAGUUGGGUAUUUUUCGACAAGCUGUUUUUCACUGAAAAAUGCCAAGUUGUCAAAAAUUAGAUGGUUAGGAAAACAGGGUUGGUUUCACUGAAUCUCUUGACUCCAAAUUUAUUGGAGGAAAAAUAUUUUCAAGUUUUUUUUAAACAAAAUGUUUUGACAUAUUCAAACCAGAAUGUUUUGGGGCUUUUGAGCCGGAACAACGUUUUCAGGAAUGUUAAACGUGAAAAAAGUCACAAUCAAAACAUUUUUAAAUUAUCGAAGCCAACGGUUUCAUUGGAUGCAGAAUGAAUUUUUUGGUUCGGUUUAUUGACUCUUGACAAUUUUCUAGAGUUUGACUCUUCAUCUUGAUUUGGGACGGGAUAAAAUUUUGAAAUCUCCCAAAUUCUCAUGGAUGGGAAAGGAGUUUCCCACCUAGCUCCACUCCAAAGCCACACAGACGCUUUUGAAAAUCACAUCCUCUGGGCCCACUUGUGUAGAACGAAGCAUCUCCAAGCUCUGCCUAUACACCAGCUCAGCUGAGUCUCCAGGGUUGGCAACUCCUGCAAUUUUUUGGCACUGGAUUUGUUGCUUUUCGGCAAACCCCGGUUCUUGGAAUGAGCUGAUCUGAGAUCCUCCGCUUUCUGCUGUGUUAUUUUUUUAAGCAAGUUUCUAGCCCCCAGUUUCAUGGCGUAAAGCUUAAAAUUGUGACUCAAGUUCUCCUGAAAGACUCACAAACCAGAAGGCAACGAGAAAGAACCCAACAUUUUUAAAACACAUUUCAUUUCUUUCAUGAUUUUUGUACAUCUGGAGUUGACAGUAGUGGGUCUCGGGCUGUCAUAGACUUGUAGAUUCCAAGACCAGAAGGGAUCUCUGUGAGAAUCUCAGCUGACCUGUAUAACACAAGCCGUAGGACUGCCCUGGAUUAAUCCCUGUUCGAACCAGAGCAGAUCUUCUAGAAAAACAUCCAAUCUUGAUAUUAAAAAUUGCCCGUGAUGGAGAAUCCACCACGACCCUUUGUAAAUUGUUCCAAUGGUUAAUUAUCCUCAGUUAGAAAUUUACACUAUUUCUAGACAGAGUCUGUUACCUGUUUACAUGUAUUUAUUGCACUAUCUACUCGUUUGAUUACAAGGUGUAAGAAGUAGGUAACAAGCUUACUAGUAUGCAAAUGUUAGUUAGUGUUCAUAUCCUUUAUCUGUAGUCCUACAUGUGUCUUUGCCUCACUGUAUAUUCCUGGGUAUUUCCAUUAGUUGCCUCUUUGAAAUUAAAUACAAUUUAAUCCUCUUGUUCAAAAUGGACUGGGGAGUUGUGAAUAAAGCAGAUUUCACUGUCA